GGCUUUUCCGUCUCCACUAUUCGCGACAACUUGUAACCCAUUCCCUCCACUCGAAAGUCGUCGUCUUCUCCGCUAUUCUGGGCCAUUUUACCCAAACGAUGAUAUCAAUCUCACUUGAGCUGGACGACACUGGUAUCACCCGGGUCCCUGCCUAUUUAUGUCCAAAAUGCCAGGACUCGGAAUUUUUCACACCUACACCCACCUCUCUGCCAACCGUCAUACAUCACUUACGACGGAAUAAACCCCCUUCAGAAGAUGAGAGGUCCGAGGCCCUAAAUGCACUCGAGAAGGAGAAAGAAGAGUUGAGGCAAUUAGACCGCGCACUCAAACCGCUCUUGGAAUGGAGACGUUCACUCGAGAAGAGAAUCAGGGAGCGUAAAAGCUGGCUGACUGGGGUUAGAAAGCUCCCGGUGGAGAUCCUUAGAGAAAUUUUUGCCUGGGUCUGUUUAUCAGAACAGCAUACCCUCUCAAUCUACAAGGAAAAGGAGCAUGGAAGUCAUGGGAAGUCGUUGGAAACCAUUGAAAUGCUCCCGAUAAACUUAUCUCAUGUGUGUUACCACUGGAGGCAGGUCGUUACCACUUCCCCUCAUCUGUGGACAUCAAUAUCCAUUCACGUCUUCAAUCCUUCUCGGAGCUUCAGCCCUCUCCUCGCAACUUACCUAUCAAACUCUGCCGAUCAACCAUUGAGAAUUCGCCUAUACGACUCAGAGGAGGCGUAUCGUUGGGCCCCAGGACAUGAAUACAGGGAAGAUAUUCUGGGAGACCAUGGGAGAUUUAUCUUCGACACAUUGCUGCAUCCUGAACAUUCCCCCCGUAUUGAGAGCUUGGACCUCGAUCGAAUCGACCUUCAGGUGUCUUUCAACCGGCGACCCGCAUACUACAGAUUUUCUCGGUUACGACAGUUCUACUCGAAGUCGAUGGAAGUUGGCUCAGCGCCAACUGCCUUCUUGCGAGCGCUGAAGUAUGCUCCGUUACUCAACACAGUCAUGCUCUACGAUAUAUGCUCGCCCAACGUACAGCUCCCGUUGUGCCAGCUCACAUCCUUGACGCUAACGGUCGUAGACAGCGAGGCUCUUUUCGAGAUCCUACCUUGGUGCUCGAAGCUUCGGCAGUUGGUUGUGCUGGAAUUCGACUUUCCAUUUCCCGAGGAUUCUAGGGUUCUCAACCUUCCAUCCCUUCGAGAACUGUACAUUCUAUCACAUCGAUUUCCUGAGGCAAACCCCUCCUUCCCCGCUGAAUAUCUUGUCUUUCCAAAGCUGACGCAUUUUCAAUACAUGGUCAAAGGCGAAUUUCUCCCUUACUACUCAACGAAUUGGCCAUGCCCUUUCUAUCAUUCGGUGGUAAGACACUGUUCUUCGUCGUUGAAACAGGUCACUAUCGCAUUUCACCGGGAUAGUCUGCCCAGCGAUGCAAGCCGGCAAAUUCUGCAGUCAUUGCCGAAUCUCACCCACCUUGAUGUUCUGUUAUACGAUGAUCCCCACUCGUUCAUCGUAGCUCUUCUAUCUGCUCUCACAAUCCAGGCAAGUCACGGUGGGGAUGAGUCGGAGAACCUGGCCACUUCCGAGAUUCUCGCCCCGAAGUUAACUUGGAUCUCCAUUGGCACCGUUCAAGAUCCGUCGUUAUACACCUUUGGGAUGGCAGAGUGUAUAGCAGGGAUGAUGAUAUCGAGGGGACGGGAGGCGUUGCAAGCAAAAGGGUUGGAUUCGGCCAUGGUGUCCUGUCUGUCAUAUGCGCUUUUCGACUUUGUUCUUGAUCAGAAAGUGAAGCUUACAGAGGACUCAGUUGAAGAGCAAAAACAUUUCUGGAACUACCUACUCUGUAUGCCGCUAGAACCUGGUACUAUUGUGGCUAAGAGGCCUUGAAACAAGUAUCGGACAAUGGGUGCUCGACGGUGUAAGGGCAAUUUUAAACGCAGCUCGUCAUGUAGUAGAUUACUGCGCAUGGGGGCAUGCUGCCUUAAUUAAACUCC